GACUGAAGCCGGAUCAGUGCCGGGAGUUUUACACUUUUUCUGUCUUUUAAAUAUCACAUUUAUCUUCCUAAAUAACCAACACCAUACACGUUGGUGAUCCAGCGGCAGAUUUCUGGAGACAUGGCCACAGAACAUAUUAAUGGAAAUGGUCCAGAAGAACCAAUGGACAACUCUGCUGCAGUUACCCAUUCUGAGCACUUCCAGACUUUACUAGAAGCUGGUUUACCACAGAAAGUUGCUGAAAAACUAGAUGAAAUUUACAUAGCAGGUUUGGUGUCACAUAGUGACUUAGAUGAUCGAGCAAUUGAGGCUCUGAAAGAAUUCAACGAGGAAGGUGCUCUGCAAGUCCUUAUGCAAUUUAAGGACAGCGACCUCUCACAUGUUCAGAACAAAAGUGCCUUUCUUUGUGGUGUGAUGAAGACGUACAGACAGAGAGAGAAACAAGGGACCAAAGUGUCGGACACCAAUAAAGGACCAGAUGAAGCCAAAAUCAAAGCUUUGCUAGAGAGAACUGGCUAUACGCUUGAUGUAACAACAGGCCAGAGGAAGUAUGGAGGGCCCCCACCAGAGUCUGCUCACUCAGGGGCACAGCCCACCAUCGGUACAGAGAUAUUUGUAGGCAAAAUCCCCAGAGACCUCUUUGAGGAUGAGCUGGUUCCGCUGUUUGAGAAAGCUGGCCCCAUCUGGGAUUUGCGUCUCAUGAUGGAUCCUCUCAGUGGCCUGAACAGAGGCUAUGCCUUUGUCACUUUCUGCACUAAAGAAGCUGCACAGCAGGCGGUCAAAUUGUGCAACAACAAUGAAAUUCGACCGGGUAAACACAUUGGCGUGUGCAUCUCUGUGGCCAAUAAUAGACUGUUUGUUGGCUCUAUCCCUAAGAGUAAAACAAAAGAGCAGAUUGUUGAAGAAUUUGCCAAAGUCACAGAAGGUCUAAAUGAUGUCAUAUUGUACCACCAGCCAGACGACAAGAAGAAGAAUCGGGGCUUUUGCUUCCUCGAGUAUGAAGACCACAAGACGGCUGCUCAGGCCCGCCGCCGACUGAUGAGCGGAAAGGUGAAGGUGUGGGGAAAUGUGGUCACCGUGGAGUGGGCAGACCCCAUUGAGGACCCAGACCCAGAGGUCAUGGCCAAGGUCAAAGUGCUGUUUGUGAGAAACUUGGCGAGCACCGUUACAGAAGAGAUACUUGAAAAGGCCUUCAGUCAGUUUGGAAAGCUGGAGCGGGUGAAAAAAUUGAAAGACUACGCCUUCAUCCACUUUGAGGAAAGAGAUGGUGCUGUGAAGGCUUUGGCUGAUCUCAAUGGCAAAGACCUCGAGGGAGAGCACAUUGAAAUAGUCUUCGCCAAGCCCCCUGACCAGAAGAGGAAAGAGCGCAAAGCCCAGAGACAAGCCGCUAAAACACACAUGUAUGAUGAAUACUAUUAUUACGGGCCUCCCCACAUGCCCCCACCCACGAGAGGCAGAGGCCGAGGUGGGAGGGGAGGUUAUUCUUACCCCCCUGACUAUUAUGGCUAUGAAGACUAUUACGAUUACUAUGGAUACGACUACCACAACUACCGGGGCGGUUACGAGGACCCGUACUACGGGUACGAUGACUUCCAGGGGUCUGGGAGAGUACGAGGAGCUAGGGGAGGAGUCCGUGGUGGUGCCAGUCAGACCAGGGUCCGCGGUGGCGUCACACCGAGAGGCCGAGUGGGCUUCUCCCAGCGAGGUGGCCCUGGAACGAGCAGAGGUGUCAUCUUUCAGAGCAGCCAAGCCAGUCAGAUUGCCAGCAAACAAAGGGAAACGAGGCAGAGGGCGAUCCUGACCUGUCACAGUGGAUACUGACUUGAUGUGUGGGGUUACACCGUUAGCUGCAAUGGAUGUUGAAAAAAAAAGAGCACGACAAAAAGGUCCAAUGAUAUUCCAGCCUUACAGAAGAAGCAUCUCCCCCUUCCCCAUGUUUUUUUAUAUUUUCAUUUGUUUCUAAAACUGCCACCUUUAAAAGAUGACUGGAGGAUUCUAAAUACUCUCCACAGCCUCUUUGCCCCAAACCCCUGUAUGCAGCCCUGGUUUACAGGGAACUGUAUUGCCCUCACAAUCUACCCCUUCCCUGUCCCUGAACAUGCCAUUUUUAAAUAAUUAUUGAAGAAAUUGCACUUUUUUAAGUUCUUGGGUUUGAAGUGGCUCAAAGGAGCUUGAUGCUAUUGUAUAUUUUUGUGCUAAUCGCAAUUUUUAUUGUCGGAAUAUCCAUGUUCUUAAUCGUUUGAUCUGGAUGUUUGACAGAGAACAUUUGCAGGUUUUUAGGGUGUACCCACCUGGCCAUGGAUAAGUCAGGCAUUCCAGGAAAGUGGUUCUUUUCAGAACUUGUCUUUAAAGGGUUGGUUGACUACCUCAGUACAGAGGACUAAACUACCCGGCCUGUACUGUAAAUAGGGAAACUAUAUUGAUGAAAACAGGGCUUGUUUUCAUACAAAAUAUGCACAAGAGCUGCAGUGCGAAACACAAUGUACUUAAUGUAAUAUAGUCAUUUUAGCUGCAGCUCUGACACUGCAAACAGUCAAACUGGGCAUGCAAACAAUCUCAUAUGAUGAGUCUGAACAAGCCCUGCUUUUAUCCUAUUUUGAACUGAAUUAGCUACCUUGCUUCUUCAGAAUAUGUAGUUACUGGUUGUAUAGUUUUUCGGAAUAAAAUGUUACUUUUGUAAAGGCUUCAACAUCACAGGCAUCCAACUGCCUUUGAUAAAAAAAAAAAAAGAAUUAAACAAAUAAAGCCCUGCAGUGUCCCUUUUGUGCCACUGUAAUUUUUCAGUGGGUUUGUUUUUAUAUUGAUACAAAUGGAUUUUCAAACAUCGUCAGAAUCAUGAAAAACAACCUAAUCCAAUCUGUCAUCAUAUGAAUUCAUGUUGAUCUUGAAUGAUCCCUUCCCAGUGCCGAAGACCGCAACUUCGUAAAAGAUAGUUCGAGUUAAUCUUGACGGACGACUGAAUUGCCAUCUCGCCCCGCCAGUGGGCAUGUGUGCCUAACGGUGGCUGUCCUGAUGGGUGAGGGAUCAUAGUCCCAUAGUGGUAGAAGGGAUACUGCAGUGAAGGAUUUCUACUUCCCGGGUAUAGCAAAAAGGAAACUGCUCUUCAAUCCCAGUUUUCUACAGUUAACUCCCUCAAUAAAAUCAUAACAACCACCUUUUGAAAAAAAGAUGUUAGCAGUUUUAAACUAUUGUUGGUGGCCAACAACGUUUUUUGCAUUCCUGCAAAUAAAUUGUUUUAUACUGUAAAAUGGAGGUGAGUGUAACUUAUUUUUGUAAUAAAGUUUUUGAUUUCUA